AUGGCUUGCGCGGACCUCGAGGCGCAUGCGUCGUCCCGGGCUGACUUGGCGAAGGCUCAUGCGGCAUUGAAGGCAGAACACGCUGAGCUUGAUCGAGCUUGUCUGAGCGUGGUGGUGCAUUCCAUGGCACUUGCCGCGGAGCAAGACCCUCCAGAACAGUCAGAACAGGUGAAGCACCCAUCGCGUUCAUGUGUUUGGUGUCGUGUGGAAGAUGCUCAUCAUGCAAUGGUCCCCUGUGGACACCUGUGUUAUUGCCACGGCUGCGUGCAGAAGUUGAGAGGAGAGUGGAAAGAGAAGUGCCCGGUCUGUAGAGGCUAUUACAGUCAGAUUCUAAGAGUGUUUUCUUAG